GCUUCCGCUUCCGACAGCGUGGGUACUGGUUCUCGGCGAGAGGAUGGCGGCGGGCGGGAACGAUCCGCGCUCUGGAGAUGUAGAGGAGGACGCAUCACAACUCAUCUUUCCCAAAGAGUUUGAAACAGCUGAGACGCUUCUGAAUUCGGAAGUUCACAUGCUUCUUGAGCAUCGAAAGCAGCAGAAUGAGAGCGCAGAGGAUGAGCAGGAACUUUCCGAGGUCUUCAUGAAAACUUUAAAUUACACUGCCCGUUUCAGUCGUUUCAAAAACAGAGAGACCAUCGCCAGUGUCCGUAGCUUGCUGCUCCAGAAGAAGCUUCAUAAGUUUGAGUUGGCCUGUUUAGCCAACCUUUGUCCAGAGACUGCUGAGGAAUCCAAGGCUCUGAUCCCAAGCCUGGAGGGGCGGUUUGAAGAUGAGGAGCUACAGCAGAUUCUUGAUGACAUCCAGACCAAGCGCAGCUUUCAGUAUUAAUCACCAGAUAUCACUGCUGCUGGGGAACCAUGUCACAUCCCCAGCACAGCACCCCUGGCUCAGAGUCUGGGGCUGACUCACACUGAAAUUCUGUUGCAGAAGACACUUGGCCUUCCUUUGGAUAGAACAACCCAGUGCUUCGUCUUGGUUUAGGUUGCUAUUUCAAGCUUGCCUGUUGGCCAGUGAUGACCUGUACAAGCUUGGAGAGGCCUUGCAGUAGCUGCCCGUGGCUGCCUGAGCUUGCCUCUGGGAAGGACGAGGUGGGGUGAUGCCAUACAAGCGAUACUGGUGACUGCCUCACAGCAUGGUCUUUGGCCCUUGGGUUAUUUUGAUUCCUAACAUUUCAUGUUUUAAUAUCAAUGUGUUCAUAGUUUUUUAAGCUCUUCUAGGACAUGUAAAACUAGUAUGGGAAACAGUCUUACCUAAAUGCAAAAGGAGGAAUUAAAGCAGACCUGUGUCACUGUUUGAAAUUCUUAGAGAGAAGACGUAGAGCCUUGGCAUCAUUGUGCUUAGCCCAGGAGACAGGAAAGUGGUUUCUGAGAAAAGCAGCUCCUCUGUUAUCCUGAGGGUAACCACUGGGUGUUGUGGAGCACACAGCCUGCGAUGGAUAAGCAUGUGGCAUAUGUGUUCUUAAAGCACUUACUUCAUCACUCCCAAAUUCAGACUUUUCCCUCCUAGGCUGGAUGUGAAGCAGGGAGUACUUUGCAGUAUCCUCACGUGGGGUGUCAGGUCCAGACGUCUGGCUGCCUGCUCAGCAGCAGGUGUUCUGUGGGGAUUUGCAAGGAGGGAGCCUGCCACUUGCUGAGCCCCUGGAGUGAUAUCACUCGAUCUGAGACUAGUUGCAUGGAAAAUAGCUAAAUAUUGUGGCUUUCAAUUUUCAGAGGGGAAAUACGCCUGUUUUCUUCACAGUUCGGGGAUUUUUCUUUGAAGUACUUGUUGACUCCACCUGAAUUCAUGAUCCAAGGAUAAGGAUGGGGAAAGAACAAAGUUGGCUUUAGAAAGUCAAGGCCAUUUUAUGUCAGCUUCCAAGGCAAAAAUCCAAUUUUCUUAUUUUUAUAAAUUAUUUUCAAUUUCUGAAAUGACGUGGUUUCUAAGUCACCAUUAUUUGAAGGAAAUGUCAGUUAUACCUCAGUUAAAGGAAUAUUUGAGAAAGUACUCUUCAUCCUUGGGCAACUUCACUUCUUUGAGACUCAUCAGCGUUCUCAAUUGUAAAAUGUGGAUAAUGAUAGAUACUGAAAGGUGAAUGAGAAAAUUAUUAGUAAUUUAGAGCCUGUUGGUAUCUGACAUACACUAUACCCCAGUACCUGUUAGCUGUUCUUAGCUUGCUUCAUAGAAAUUGGUGCAAGGAUUUGGUAGCCUACCCACUGGCACUGGUAUCAGACUGUGAGAACAACGCAAACUGACUACUUUUUGAAGCCUGUGGACUUAGUUCAUAAAAGAGGCAAUUACAUGGUUGGCACCAAGCAAUGGAACAGAAAACAGACCUAGAUACCAGCUGGAAUCUAGGCGUGUGUGCUGUGGGGCAGGAGCAGGGCCCUGCCACCGUCGCCAUGGUGUUCCCACUGGAGAAUUUUACACCAUGUAAAGCCCCUGGCACUAAUGAAUGGCAGGCAGUAAGGCAACUAGAAGCAGAUGUAAAAACAAUAACUCAUAUCGGGAUCAUGGGUGAAAGCAGCCUCGUGCUGUGUUACAGGUGCACAGCCUGGUCUGCGCCUUCUGCUGGGCUGGUUCUUUACAGUCCUGGACCGCAGCUCGCUGUCCAGGGAGCAACAGGCCUCACAAGCUCUUGGAUCGUCUGAAACAUCGCUAGACUUGUACUGUUUGCAAAAGCAGAAUUCAGACACGUUGAAAUAAAGAUGUCAUGUUGUCAACGCCUCACCUCACGGACAGCUAAGUGAACCCGAAAAGCUUUUCUGAAAAGUUCUAGUCAUUUUGGUUUUAUAAAAAUGUACUAAACUUGAGUCUCGAAAAACAGCUUACUGAGUGCGGCCUAAGCACAAGCUGCAUGAAAUGACUAUGUGUAUAAAAUAAAAAUGACUUUUAUGCUUUUCUCUCAAACCCACA